UAGAUUUGUCAUAUUAUUGUUAAUAAUUGUUGGUUGUUUUAUUGUGUUGUUAAUCACUUGGCCAUAACAAAUUGGCACAGAUUUAUGUUAGAAAGUAAGGAAAUGACAAGUUUUGUGAAGUUUUAAUGUAUGUUUUUCAAACUAUUAACAAGUACUGUUUGUCAUAGUAAACAGUUUUAACAUUUCCUGUAAAGAUUGAAUGGGUUUAUCGUAAAUAACGUCAAAUGUGUCGUUGUAAUAAAAUCUGACAUGGAAAAGUGUAACAUAACCCACAAAUAAGUCUAGAGAUGGAUGCGAUAUUAAGAAGAAUAAAUGUCGUCGGAUGGCAUCGAAUGCUAGUUGUCUUCCUUUUUGUUUGGCUAGUCAUAUUAGUUUUUACGGCAUUGCCAAUGUUGGGUCCUCAUAUGCCAUCAGGAGAGACAAGAACAUUGGAGCGCUUAAACAGAGCAUUAGCAGAUUUGGAAGCUCUUCGGAAACAAAACAAUGAACUACAGGAGAUUUUCAAAGACAUUAAUGUGGAUUCGUUGAAAGGAGAUCAGAAGGAAGCUAUCGAAAAUUUUCAGUAUCGUUUAACAAAAGCUGAACAUGCCUUUACCAAGAAUCAAGUGGGUUAUGUUAGUGCCAAAGAAGAGCCUAAUUCACAAUAUGAACUUUUACGACGUAGAAUUUAUAGUAAUACUAAAGAAUUUUGGUAUUUUAUUCACUCAGGCUUGUUGGAUCUUCAAAAGAAAGCUCAUGAAACAGCUCCAGAAAUUGUAGACUCUAUUAAAUACUUAUUGAGUUUGGGUGUUGAACAUAAAAGGUCUUUGUUGCAUGACAUUGAUCAAUUGGCUGAGGUGGAUGGUUAUGCUACUUGGAGGGAGAAGGAAGCCAAUGAUUUGAGUGCACUUGUACAAAAGAGGUUUCAUUAUUUACAAAAUCCGGCCGAUUGUAAAACUGCCAAAAAGCUAAUUUGCAGUUUGAAUAAGGGAUGUGGAUAUGGUUGCCAAUUACACCAUGCCGUGUAUUGCUUUAUGGUAGCUUAUGGAACAAAGCGUACAUUGAUUUUGAAGUCAAAAGGAUGGCGUUAUCAUAAAGCUGGAUGGGAAGAAAUUUUUAAACCUAUCAGUGAUACUUGUGUGGACCCCAGUGGAAAAUCUGUCAGCAACUGGCCUGGCAACACAGAAACUCAAGUAGUUAAUUUACCAAUAAUUGAUUCACUAUCUCCACGUCCUCCUUUCUUACCACUAGCCAUUCCAGAAGAUUUAGCUCCUCGAUUGACUAGACUACAUGGAGAUCCAAUAGUUUGGUGGGUAGGACAAAUUUUGAAGUACCUUCUUAGGCCACAAUCUCAAACUGUAGCAGUGAUGCAAGAAACGAUGACACACAUGGGAUUUAAAAGACCUAUUGUAGGAGUUCAUGUACGUAGAACGGAUAAGGUUGGAACAGAAGCUGCUUAUCAUGGUAUUGAAGAAUACAUGACUGCUGUUGACGAAUACUAUAAACAGUUGGAACUAAAAGAAAACGUUGAUAAAAGAAGAAUUUAUUUAGCCACUGAUGAUCCGAAAGUCAUUGCCGAUGCCAAGAGUAAAUAUCCACACUAUGAAAUUUUGGGUGAUCCUUCUAUUUCUAAGACUGCGGCAAUUUCAACAAGAUAUUCCGAUUCGUCAUUGUUUGGUAUUAUUAAUGAUAUUCACAUGUUGGCUAUGAGUGAUUACUUAGUUUGUACUUUCUCAUCUCAGGUUUGUCGAGUGGCUUAUGAAAUAAUGCAGACUUAUUUCCCUGACGCUUCAGCUCGUUUUCGAUCACUGGAUGACGUUUAUUACUACGGUGGACAAAAUCCUCACAAUACGAUAGCUGUGUUGUCCCAUGAACCGAGGAAAAACGGUGAAAUGAGUGUGAUCGCUGGCGACUUGAUUGGUGUUGCAGGAAAUCAUUGGAACGGCUUCAGUAAAGGUCGGAAUUUAAGAACUAAUCAAAUAGCUUUAUAUCCCAGUUUCAAAGUUAAAGACAAAAUUGAAACAGCUAAGUUUCCUACGUACGCUGAGGUAGAUAAACAUGAAAAUGACGACCAACAAAUUUCUUAGUUGACAAUUAUUGUUGUGAUAAAUUUAUUUUUGACUGUAAGCAUCUAUACUAGUCUGCAAUUAUGUACAGAGUAAAAAUAAUAAUAACAUAAGUUUUUUUUUUAUUUUAAAGUCUGUUUUGUUAAUUUUCUGUUUUAAAAAGGUGGUGCUAAAUUUGAGACUAAAUAUCGAAGUCUUUUGGUGUGAACAAGAUAACAUUUCGUUUUUAGACAAAAAUUGCUUCAGGAGCAAAACGGCUCAUUUUCGACUAUAAAGGUCCCCUCUUAAUUUUGGCACAAUCUUUUCGAAACACUUUGUAUAAAUGGUACACAUAUGGUGUCUUAUUGUAAUUUUUACUUAUAAUUUUGGAAAAACCUAUUGUUUCAGAAACAGAUUUUGAGAUUAUAUUUACAAUGUUAUUGGAGGAUUUUAAAAAUAUUAUUUUUCAUAUUGUA